GGGAGGCAGCGGAUAAGGGAGGCUGCGGCGGCUGUAGGGCUGUGCUCCGCCCUCUCCUCACCGCCGCGGCCGCCGCCGCCGCCGCCCCCGAGCCUCGCUGGGAGGGACCGGUGUCCCCGCCUGCUGCACUGGCAGUCCGACCCUCAGGCCGCCGCGGAGCAGCCGGCACUGCGCUGCGGGGAGGACCUCAGCAGGUGCCGUGACGAGGCGCCGUGCGGCGCUUCGAGUCCCGAGCCCGCGCUCCGCGGCCCCGCCGCCCGCGCUCCCGAGGGCCGGCCCCCGACGAGGCCGCCGGCGGCCCGGCACUCAGCAUGAACCGCGGCCACCGGCACGGGGCGAGCAGCGGCUGCCUGGGCACCAUGGAGGUGAAGAGCAAGUUUGGAGCUGAGUUUCGUCGGUUUUCACUGGAAAGAUCUAAGCCUGGAAAAUUUGAGGAGUUUUACGGACUGCUGCAACAUGUUCACAAGAUCCCCAAUGUCGACGUGUUGGUGGGCUACGCAGAUAUCCAUGGGGACCUGCUGCCCAUAAAUAACGAUGACAACUACCACAAGGCGGUGUCCACCGCCAAUCCACUGCUCAGGAUUUUUAUACAGAAGAAGGAAGAAGCUGACUACAGCGCCUUUGGCACCGACACCCUAAUCAGGAAGAAGAACAUGCUGAGCAAUGUACUGCGUCCCGACAACCACCGGAAGAAGCCUCACAUCGUCAUCAGCAUGCCGCAGGACUUCCGGCCCGUGUCAUCCAUCAUCGACGUGGACAUCCUCCCGGAGACGCACCGGAGGGUCCGUCUGUACAAGUACGGCACAGAGAAGCCGCUGGGCUUCUACAUCCGGGAUGGCUCCAGCGUCCGGGUGACACCGCACGGCUUGGAGAAAGUCCCCGGCAUCUUCAUAUCUCGGCUCGUCCCUGGGGGUCUGGCCCAGAGCACAGGCCUGCUAGCUGUCAACGAUGAGGUGUUAGAAGUCAACGGUAUAGAAGUGUCCGGGAAGAGCCUGGACCAGGUGACUGACAUGAUGAUAGCCAACAGCCGCAACCUCAUCAUCACCGUGCGCCCGGCCAACCAGAGGAACAACGUGGUGCGCAACAGUCGGACUUCUGGCAGCUCCAGCCAGUCCACUGACAACAGCCUCCUGGGCUUCCCACAGCAGGUGGAGGCCAGCUUCGAGCCCGAGGACCAAGACAGCGACGAGGACGACAUCAUCAUUGAAGACAGUGGCGAGCCGCAGCAGAUCCCGAAGGCCACCCCCACCCAGAGCCUGGAGUCCCUGACGCAUAUCGAGCUCAGCUUUGAGUCCGGACAGAACGGGUUCUCCCCUCCUCAGGACACAAGCCUGGUGCCUGUGCCCGGCAGCCUGGACACAGAGCUGGAAAGCCGGGCUCCGGACCAGAAACUCUUAGAGGAAGAUGGGACAAUCAUAACAUUGUGAACCGCCAGGUUGUUUUCUGUUUGAGGGUGUGAGGAACAAUGUUGGUGUGCACACAUGACUGACACUGUGGACCUGCAGGCCGUGAUGUUCCACAACAAGUGGGGCUGGGAGUCUGCCGAGGCAGGCUGCCGUGACAUGGAGCAGGUGCUGCUGCUCUGAAACUGAGACCUGCCUGAGCCGAGCUGCGGUGGCCAGUGUCCACCUGCCUGCAGAGCCUGCUCUUUGCUCUCUGUGAAGUCUGAUCAUCUGUUAGCCACUGGGGACCUCGGUUCUUCGAUUCCCAGACCCUGUUUUCUGACUUUUAAAGUGUUCCUCUGUUAACUGUGACAAAUUAUUUUUUCAUGUGCAGUUUUUGUUCUGUCUUCCCAUUUUCUAAAACUUUAGCUGGCCAUGUCUAGGGGCCUUUCCCCUGGCCCUGGAGCGACACCUGUUGUCGUCACCCUGGAACUUUACAGUUUCGGGGUGCCAUAGUCCUUCAUCCCAGUCCACUGGAGAUUAUUUCAUUGUGUGUGUGUGUGUGUGUUUGUGGGUGGGUGAUAGCAUAGUUAGUUGACUCCCACACUCUUCAGUGUACCAGACAGUGUGGAUCAUGGGAUAAAAAUGCCCCCAGGUUAAGAGACUUACACACAAUAUAGAUGUGCACUUUUUAUUCAAAAGACGGAGUUUUCUUCCUGGGGAUUCUAGGGUGCUGCCCACAUUUGGGGAAACCCGUGUCAAGUACACCACUCGCAGGGCUGCUGAUUAUUUGAGUCUAUUUAUUCUCUUCUGGGCUUCCAUCUGGGAUGAGGGGACCGCAGUUGUCUUCCCUUACCUGGCUCCCUCCUGUUGCAUCGACAGUCAGCGAGACCCACGUGUGUGGCUCAGACUUCCCUGAGGCCCGAGGCUCUGAAGGGACAGUUAUUUAUUUCUUAACCUUGUGGUGGCCGAGUGUGGGUGCCUCAUAGGUGUGUACUGACUCCGAGUUGAAGGACUUUUUCCUCGUAGUAAGAGCCGGCAGAAAUGAAGUCUUGAUCCAAUGAAGGGCGCUGGCUGAGCGAGUUAUCUGCAGGCGCCUGGCGGAGGCUGGGUGCAGUGAGCCUGUGACGGUUGAAUUCACUGAGUUUCUCCUCUCACAAGGCACCGCAUGCUAGCAGCGCUCCCCCUCGCUCCCCCUCUGACAGACACUGCGCUCCCUGCAGUGGAAGGCAGCCAUAGGCACAGAAGGCAUAUGUAACUUAGGGGUGCAUGGGCUCAACAUUGUAAGUAAAGAUAUUUCACAUACUACCUCUCUUCUCUCUUUCUCUCUCUUUUUUUAACAGAGUUUUAACAUAGAACCUUUCUCUUGGGGAAGAAAUACUUCAGGGCUUGACUUUUGUACAAAUUUUAACUGAAAAACAGAUUUCUCUUCUGUCUGAAAACGGAGAUCAGAGCUGCUGACGCUGAUUUUAAUUUCAAGGACAAGAGUGUUCGUUAGUGAUGAAGUCGUACUAAUGAAGUCAAUGUCAGUAGACCUUCUGUGAGGCCAGUGAGUCUUGGCUGUGGAGGUCCCGUCCCGUCCCGUCCCGUCCCGUCGGCUCAGUUCUUGAGACACCUGAGAACAGGAGCCUAAGCGUCGGCAGCUUAGCGUGCAGUUCUGUUGUCCCGAACGUCGAGCCUCACUGUGAAUUCUGUUCUGUCCUAAGUCCGCCAUGUCAACCAGAUGCUGUGCUGUUGUGAACCAUGAAUUUUCUAAUUAAAUUUUACAUGCUAUAACAUACAUGCUAUAACAUGAUUUUUACAUGAAUGAUACUUUGUUUAAACU